GAGAGUUCCAAGAGCCUCCUCUGCAUUUCCUAUAUGGUAUGUGGGGCAGUGCCUUUGCCAUUCUGUUCAAGAGGUACCUCACAGAUAACAAACCAACCACCGAAGAAAAGGAAACAACAAAAGGAAAGAGGGAAAUCCUAAAAGUGAAACCAAUAACAAACGCGAAACCCUCAAGCAAGGAUGGUACUGAAAGAGAUGAAGAUAAUAACAACAGCAGCAGUGGAGUAGCAAACAGCCUCGAGGACAACGAAAAUCGAAGUACUUGGAGCAGUACCAUUGACGUUAUGUACAAACGAUUCCUCAAGGGUGAAAAAUCAUCAACAGAAGAAAAGGAAAUAACACCAGGCAAAAGCGGAAUACCAAAAGAGGAAACAAAGGUAAAACAUUCUAAAGUGUACGAUAGUGGAAGUGAUAUGGAUAACAAGAGCAGCAGUAGUGAUACAGACAGCGAAGAUGAGGAUGUCUAUGAAAUCAAGGCCUGUAUGCAAGAAAAAAUGCGUUCUGAUUUGACUGAAAAGAAAGCCAAACAGACGUGGGGAGAGUAUUUGUUGGGGAGUAGAGUGUUGAACAUCAGAUCUGGCAGAGCAGGCAAAAUCUUCAGCUUUUUGAGGGGACUUAAUAUCCAGACGGUUUACGCAUUCUCACCAUUUGCCCCCUCAAAUGAUGAGACGGAUGGUAAAUUUGGAGGUAAUUUCGAAGAAGGGAUAAACACAGACACAAAGAAACUGUAUAUGAUCGACAGCGGCUGUGCCUAUAACUCCCCUUUCCCAUUGGUUCUGAGACCACAACGACAAGUGAACCUCAUACUGUCUUUUGACUUCAGUGCGAGGGAAUCCGAUGUAUCAGACCCAUUUGGUGAACUUGAGAAAGCAGCGAAGUGGGCAGAAAUCAACAGAGUACCUUUCCCAAAGAUCGAUGUUACUGAUGACGAUCGGGCAAACCCAGAGGAGUGUUACGUUUUCCGAGAUGAUAACGAUCCUGCUUGUCCAACUGUCAUGCACUUUGUCCUGAUCAAUAAGCAAUUCAGAAGGUUCAAGACACCAGGAGUACCGAGGGAAACUGACGAAGAAUUGAAAUUUGCGGAUUUCAGUCUGUUUGAUGGGCCAAAUGGCAGACCCUAUGAUACAUUCAAUUUUGAGUAUUCCAGUGAGAAAUUUGAUAGACUCACUAAACUAGUCGAAUUCAAUACACUGCUCUGUGAGGAGCGCAUCAAAGAUGAGAUUACAAGGUGUAUACGAAAAAAGAAACCAAGGACUCCAUUGAGAAUGUCUAGUCUUGUUGACAUAAUCAAUACGAUGCCGAAAUAAUAUCUUGAAUCAAAAGUGCCAGAUGAAAAACUAGAAUCGGAAACUGAUGAAUCUGACGUUAGCCAUUGAGGACGAUAUUGCAAUUGGAAACUCAUGAAUCUGAUGGUGAUUAAACCUCUGAUGGCGGCAUUGCAUAGGAAUCUCAUAAAAGCCCCUGGGUGUGCCAAUGCAUCUCAUUUGAAUCUCAUUUAAGCGUAAGCCAUUGAGGUUAGCAUUGUAUUGAAAAAUAAUGAAUCUGAUAUAUUAAGCCAUCGAGGAGAGCAUUGCAUUGGAAAUAAUGAAUCUUAUAUUAGGCCAUUGAGGAUGGCAUUGCAUUGGAAAAAAUGAAUCUGAUUUUAAGCCCUUGAGGAUGGCAUUGCAUUGGAAAAUAGUGCAUCCGAUUUAAGCUAUUGAGGAUGGCAUUGUAUUUUUUACCAAUUACCAAAAUGAUUUUUAACCAAGUAUAAUAUGGCUCAUAUGUUUGUGUAACAAAGAGGUUAAAUAUUUUUUAAUGAAGUU